CCUCUCUGCAGGAGGAAGUGAAAGUAAAAGCAGCAGCUCGGCGGGGACGCGCCGCGGCGGCCGCGGACAUGAGCGGGCAGCGCUUUAACGCCGUGUUACUGGAGAUCUCCAGCGACAUGAAGACAGACCACCUGGAAAAGAUUAAGUUCCUGGUCCGGGACCACAUCGGGAAGAGGGAGCUGGAGAAAAUCACCAAGGGACACGAACUGUUCCAGUCUCUGACGGAGAAAGGCUUCCUGGGACCCGAGAACACCGACUACCUGUCCGACCUGCUCAAACAGAUCAACCGCUCAGACCUCUCGGACAAGUUACACGGAGGAUUUGGACAAACAGAAACUAUUCCUGACGAGAGGGAGAGAGCCAAGCUGGAGAUUGCCACGGAGGUGAUAUCGCAGAAUCUGGGGAAAAACUGGCGCAAGCUGGGCCGGCGGCUCCGCGUCAGCGACGUGAAGCUGGAGUCGGUCUCCAGACGACACCCGGAGGACCUGGAGGAGACGGCCGUGGAGCUGCUGAAGGAGUGGAGGAAGCUGCGCGGGGCCGAGGCCCGAGCUGAGGACCUGGUAGCUGCGCUGAGGGAGUGUCAGUUCAACAUGACCGCAGACAAACUGGAGACCAGACUGGAGGAACAACGAUGACACCAGGGUCAUAGACUUUAUUAUGGGGAGGAAAAUUGAGACUUGAUGAAAGGAAUCUUUAAAAUGAUGAAUAAAGUAACUUGGUUUGCGAAUGAUCAUCAUGUUUUAAUCCAAAAAUGUGGAUAAAGGUAUGAAUUUUUAUUUCUAACAAAGAUGAUCCAACUGAAA